UCGAAUCGAGAGUUCCGCGCACGCGCACUGUCGCGUCUCCAACGUAUUGUCAUUUCGAACGUAAAUAUAAACAAGUGUAGUGCCGAAUAUUUUUAUCGUGUGGCCUGUUACAGUUAAUAAAAAGAAAAAAUUAAGGAAAGUGCCAAUUUGUGCUACGAAUUCGCGAGUAGCAUCACGAUCAUAACACCCGAAUCUGUACAGUUAUGUGCACAGAAUAACAAUGCGUCUUCUAUCGGUGUUACUGCUUAGCGCGGUAUUAUAUUGCGACGCUAAGCUACCUAGGGAUAAGAUUCACAUCCAACCAAAUGAACUACCUCCGAAUCCCACUCAACAUGCGGCAGCCAUGAGGCUGAUACAGACUGAGAAGAAGAAUGAGCGAACCAGUGAAAUAGUGAACCAAUACAAGAGGAGUAAGCGAGAAGUCUUCGAUUCGAAAUCGUACGAAGCUAGUCUAAUCUGGGCUCAUUCUGAGAGAUUAGAUGAGAAAGGAGACGUAGUAUUGCGAUGGGUGAACACAGAUUCGAGUAUCACGUUCAGAAUGGAAGCGAGAACCCGUGGUUAUGUUGGCUUGGGGUUCAACACGGCGAGGAAUAUGAGAGGAGCUGAUCUUCUGGUCGCCUGGGUGGACGACCGACAUAAUAACGCACAGAUCCUGGACUGCCACGGCCUGACCUUCGAGGACCGGACGGUAGCUGAUGAAGUCCAGAAUUACGAGCUGAUCUCUGGCUACCAGAACGAGACCCACACGACUGUCGAGUUCCGAAGACUGCUAGACACUUGUGAUAGACAGGACUUCGUUAUUGGGGAAGACACAACUCAGGUGCUCUGGGCACUAGGUCCUCCUGGUUCUGAUGGGGAGCUGCCACGACAUGUCCAUAGUGGUUCCCGCCCGCUGCGGUUCCUGCAGCCGCUGUCCAAGCCCGAUAUACCGCUGCAGACUUGGGACGUGAGGAUAAAUAAGCUAAAAAUCCCCCACGUGAUGGCAACCCUCUUCUGGUGCAAAGUGUUCAAAGCGCCUGACCUGCCGAAAAAGCACCACAUCGUCGGCUACCAACCCCUCAUCGACAGCAAACCUAUACGGGACGGGUUAGCAGUGGCCGAAAAUACCCCAUCCCCGGUGCAUCACAUGGUGUUGUACGAGUGUGCUGAGGACGAUAAGAGGCAGUGGAACGAAUGGGCCGAAGGGGACGGGUUCUAUGGGCCGAAUCGCCCCGCGGAGUUGGCUACUUGUGUGACACCUAUUGCGGCUUGGGCUAUUGGUUCUAAAGGUGAAUUUCUUCCUGAGAACGUCGGUAUUCCUCUUGGAGAGAGGGGAGGGGUGUCAUACUACAUGCUUGAAGUUCAUUAUGAUAAUCAGGAGCUGCAUGAUGUAUUGGACAGCUCUGGUAUCCGCGUAUUCUACACCCCGGCCUUGCGGAAGCACGACGGAGCGUUAUUCGGGACCGGCAUAGGUAUAUCGGCGUUACACAUCAUCCCGCCGAAACAGAAGGCGUAUCGGACUGUUGGGAUCUGCUACCCGGAGUGUACUAAUAGCACCAUGCCAGACAAAGGAAUCAAUAUCGUGUCAGUUCUGCUCCAUGCUCACGGGACAGCAAGGAAGAUAUCUCUGAAACACAUCAGAGACAACGUGGAGCUGCCAAGGAUAUCCGAGGAAAACGCGUACGACGCUCGUUACCAACAGUCCCGCAUCGUGCCUGGCGGUCGCAAGUUCUACAAGAACGACGUGCUGAUCACAGAGUGCACGUACGACAGCACGUCCCGGGACAAACCGAUAUUGGGCGGAUAUUCAGCGUCACAGGAGAUGUGUCUAUCAUUCGUACUAUACUACCCGCGCACCGCGUUGGCUGGCUGCUACUCCAUGUCGCCGGUGCUGGAGUUCUUCGACACGUUCGGCGUUAAAGAGUUCUAUGGCCUGGUCAUGAUGGAUGUGGAGAAUAUAUUCCUGUCGUCAAGUAACAAGGACGCUUUACCCCCGGAGUUUGAAGCUCACCUCAAGAUGGCGGCGAGCAGCGACGAGACCGCCAAGCAGGGCGACGACCAGGGUGUCGGACUAAUGAAGAGCCUCGUCAUUAAGGAACCAGCAGAGUUCCGUAACAAGACGUUCAUAGCUCACAUUAACGAGAUGGCGUGGGCCGAGCCACUCCUGACGGAACAGGUGGAGAGGCGGCUGUACGACUGGCACAUGUCGUUCUGCAAGCGGCGGGACGAUACGUGGGGCACGCCAAUCCAAAUCCACAACUACCCCAACUACACCGAGCUACCGAGCAACGAAGCAUCAGAACGAGUAGUCUGUCACUACAAGAGCGUGAGACUGCCGUCCAUGACGACUGGCGCCGCAAGUCACACCUGUAUAUCGUGGGUUGUAUUAGCGAUUUGUAUACUACUGUUACGGUAAAGAAAGGUUUUUUAAGGAUAGUUAGCUCAGAAAAAAGUUAUACUAGAAUCCAAACAGUGACUUAUAAUGCAAUUUCCUAAAAUUGGACUCCAAACUGAGGAAACAACGUUUCUAUAUUAUCCAUAACUCUAAGGCUGGCCCUUACACAGCCGGAAUUUCAUAAUCGGCAAUUCAUAUUC